AUGGAGAAAAGUCUCUCUAGUGCUAAAUCACAUGUUAUCCAAGUUUGUCAAUGCCAAAUCUUCCCAGAGAUCUUAUGCUGCUUUGAAAAAUAUUUUGUGACCUCAGGGACAAUAUGCAGAGAGAGAAAUAUCAAGCUUACUUUUGAGAGAAGGAAAAAGACAAAACAUGAUGAUAAUCCAAAUGCAGAGGGCACAACAGAGGGGGAAGCUGAUCCACCCAUUCCACCAGCAACUCAGGAGGCAGUUGUGACAGGGCCUGCUCAUGGGACAAGGAGAGCCACAGCUAGACAGCAAGAUCCAUUUUCUGUUGGGACUUCAAGUGCACCCUCCACAGAGCAGUUGGGCAGUCAGAGGCAGAGGUCUGUCAGGCGUAGUGACAAACCAUCUUCUCCCAAUAGCAAAAUGUAUAACAUUUUAAUUGGGUUGUGCAAGAAAGUCAGAGACAUAGAUGAGAAAGCACACCAGGAGAGGGUGAGAGCUAGAGAGACUACCAGGAUUCAUGAUCAGAUACUCAGAGAUUUGCAUAGUCACAUUUUGCCUGAUGCUCCAGCUCCUCCACCUAUUCCAGUUGCACCAGCUUCUCCUCCACCGCCACCUUUGGACAGUUACGUUGAGCAGUUGCAGCAGGAGGAUUACUUCACACAGCACUACGGCACCGUGUCGUCCAUGUCCUAUGGCUAUGUGCCAACACAGUUAGCAGGUCCGUCUACAGCUCCUCCAGUGUUUGCUUUAGCACUUGUUUUCACUUCAGCACCUACCUGCACUUCAGUGCCAGCUUCAGAGAGGUUUGCUCACACAGCUGCAGAUUCUAUCUUUAGCACCUUACCCAGCUUGUCUAAUGGCUUUGCUUCCCAUACCUUCUCUGACACUCAGACUCAGUUGGGCUCGACUACAUAUUGGCAGCUUGACAGUGACAGUGGUGGCACUUUUCUUGCAGAUCCAUCGUCCACCAGGGGCAAUGGCGUCGAGUGA